CCCAUCAUUCCAUUCCGCCCUUGCGACGACGGCUUCCUGCGAUAGUCUCAUCCACCAACACUGCGCUUCCACCACCCGCCUUAUACCGUUCCCUUGUCGCAACCGCCUCCAACCAUCACCAUGUCCGCUGAGGAGAUAUCGAACCCGUUGGCCGAAUCCGGCGUCACGAUCUCGUCAGACAGCGAGCAGUAUUCGGCGCCCGAAUCCGCAUCACCCCAAUCUCCAUCGUCCUCCUCCCCCGCCGUCGUUCUGUACCAGCCACCCACUGUCUGGUCGCUAUUCCGCAGCGCCGUCAUCAACCUAUUCCUCCCCUUUGUCAAUGGCAUGAUGUUGGGAUUUGGCGAGCUCUUUGCCCACGAAGCUGCGUUCAGGUUGGGAUGGAGCAAUACCAAAGUCUUCCCCGUCAGCAGGCGAGACGCGCGUCCUAUCGGCCCCGGUGUCGAAGUGGUCGAGAGGCCGAGGCGGAGAGUGGACUUGGAUGAUCACUUGGAUGACCUGACCAGCUUGGAGUGAUGAGCGCGUUGUCUUCCGCGGGUCACCCAGCGCAACGACAUAAAGCAACCACAGAACUGUCCGGCUGCAGGGCCGAAACUCGAACCAAAUUCUUGAUGAAACAUCAAAGGGCGAGAUAGACACUUAAACAGCGCUGCUAGCCAACGCAGCACAAGGGACUCCGUUCGGGUUCUGUGUGCAGUCACACUCCCUCAUUACGACGGCGCCAAACUGAAUCUUGGAGGGCAUUCGUCUGACUGGAAACGAGCAUUGGUCAGGAUAUCACAGGCGACAUCUUGGAGCAGGACGAGGGGGGAAGAGAAUUGAGCAUCCAAUUUACAUACUGCUCUGGGCUGCAUAUAGCAAACACAGCAGACUGCUAGCAGGCGUCAGGGAUACAUGCUUUCCGGCAGCGACUGCAGCGCUAGGAGAAAUAAAAACUAUGGUAAAGUGUACAGUAUUCAACGCUCCAACAACAGCAGAGUUUUCUGCUUCUGGUCUGCCCCUCAAGGUCAGGUACUUUCAUACAUAUAUAUAGAUACAGAUACACUACCAAUUGAGGACCGUGAUGGCCAGG